AUGGAAACCCCGGAAAAGUGCAAGAAGUUAGUUGACGCACUUGCCGAGGGUGGCCGCGGCUUCCCGACCUUGGAGGUUACGGAGACCUUUGUUUGGCCUGACGAAUUCGAUGCAAACGAAGUAGCUAAUGAUGGGAAGAAGGAAGUGGAACUCCUAACCUCUAAGGCUGAGGCUGUGUCGAUCAAACUGGCCAGCGUUCUCUACCCCGACAGGGGCUAUGUCGACCGGAAUGAAACUCUCGCGAACCACUUGCACGAGGAUAUCUCGAGAAUACGCCAGAUUAUCGACAUUAUCCUUCUACACACGUUCGGGGUUGAAGCCUGA